AUGGCUACUUCUAGUCGUUCUUUAUGCAUGGCUCUUCUUGUACUAAGCAUUGUUAUGGCAUGUAUGAAGGAGGGGCAUGGGGAGGAUGGAGAUGAUUAUUGCUACUAUGGUGGCUGGCGUGGAUGCAAAAAUCGUGUUGGAGGAGGAGGAGGUGGCGGUGGUGGUGGAGGAGGAAGUAGUAAUGGAGGUUCUGGACAUGGAGAGGGUUAUGGUUCCGGGGCAGGUGUAGGUGUGGGAGGUGGUGGUGGUGGCGGAGGUCAUGGAGGUGGUGGUGGGAAUGGAGCUGGUGGUUCAGGUCAUGGUGAAGGAUUUGGAGCUGGAGUUGGUGCAGAAGGCGGUGGAGGUGGUGGAGGGUCCGGUGGUGGAGGUGGCAGUAGUGUUGAUGGAGGUUAUGGUCACGGUAGUGGUUUUGGAGCCGGCGGAGGUUAUGGUGAAGGAUAUGGGCAUGGAGAAGGCAGUGGCUAUGGUGGAAAUAAUAAUGGUGGCAUUGGAAUGGGAUUUGGAAUGGGUAUGGGAUUUGGUUUUGGCAUUGGAACAGCUGGUACUAGUGGAAAUUCUAGUCCUGUUGAUGAAGCUAGCAAGAAUGUUGACAAACAACCUUAA